AUGGAUUUAAUUGUAAACCUCUAUUUUAACAAUUCAGAAUUAAAUGAUGAUGUAAAAACAUUAAUUUUAAGUUGGGUAUCUUUUUUUAGAAACAACUGGAAUUACAUGUUUAAUAUAGACAAAGAGGUAAUUUUAAAAUUAGAAUUUUUUUUAGAUAAUAAAAAAGUAAUAAGUAAAAAUGCUCCACCAAAUAAUGAAGUAUAUAUGCAUGAACUUAAAAAGAAUCCUGAAGUAGUUUUAAAAUUUAUGAAGGUUUCCAUGCAUUUGUUAUUGUUUAAGUUUUUAGGAUUAGAUAAAAAAACAGAACAUUUAGAAACCUUUGAUGAAAAAGAUAAAAAAGAUAAAAAUAACAACAAUAAUAAAGAAUGUAAUUUUAUUAGAAAAGAGGAAAUAAAAGAUGCAGAAAGUGAUAAUUUGUUAAUAAAUGAAUUAAGAUAUGAUAAAUAUAAAGACUCAGAAAUCUUUAAAACUUUUUUUUUUACUAAUAGGAUAACAAUAUAUUUAUAUAAUUGGAAUAAAGUUGAUAAAUUUGAGAAUUUAAAAAGUGAAAAAGUAAAUCAGUUAAUUUGUAUAAGAGGAAGCGUUUUAAGAGUAUCACCAAUUCAAUUAUUAAUUACUAAUCUUAAUUUUUUAUGUGAAAAAUGCAAACAAAUUAUAAAAAUAGAAUUUACUGAUGGUAAAUAUGAAACACCAAAAAGAUGUAUAAAUAGUUGUGAUGGAAAAAAUUUUAUUCCCAUAAGAGAAUCUGCAAAAUCAAUAGAAUAUCAAAAACUUAUUUUAAAAGAAAAUCGAAAAAAUUUAAAUAAUAUUUAUGAAACCAAUGAUUCUAAUAUUAAAAACUUAACAGUUACAUUAGAAGUUUCAAAAUUUUUUGUAAAUUCUUGUAUUCCGGGUAAUUAUGUUGAAGCUUUAGGAAUACUUAAGGUUAUUUCUUUUAACAAUAAUUAUUUAAUUAAUGGAAAAAAUUCUCUCUUUAAUAUGUAUAUUGAUUGUUUAUCUAUCUUUCCAUUAUCAUCAAAAAAAUAUCUAAAUAAUAGCUAUUUUAAUAUAGUAAAAAUUAAAGAAACAAAAAAUAAAAUUCAUUCCUCCCUUCUAUGGGAAUCUUAUAUAGAUAAAUUUAACAAAAAAAUGCUAUAUUUAAAAAAUAAAAGAUCAAAUAAAACGGAAAACAAAGAGGAAAUUAAAAAAUAUAGGUAUAAUGUUAAUAAAAAAAAUAUGAAUAAAAUGGAAAGUAGUCCUGAUUUACCUUCAGUGGAUAAUGUAUUUAAUUCAAAUAAAAGUAAUUCAUUAAGUUAUAAAAGUAGAUUAAUUAAUAGUAGUGAUAAAUUUGAAGAAAAUUUAUUGCAUAAAAGUGACUAUAUAGAGAGCAAGUCUUCAUUUUAUAACAAUGAGAAAAUUAUAGAAGAAAAUCUACCAAAAAAACAGGAAAAAGAAAAAAAGGAAAAAGGAAGCAAUGCUCUUUUAGAUGAUGAAAUAUUUAAUGUUGAUAAUAAUAUGUAUGAUGAUGAUAUUUGUAUGUACGGUGAAUACAUAAGUGAAGAAAAAUUUUCCAAUAGAAAUAGUAAUAUAAAUAACAGUGAUAUAGAAAAUGAAAAUUUUCAGAUAAAUGAUACAAAUAAUGAUAGUUUUAAUUUAAAUAAGGAAUUUGAUGAAAAAACUUUAGAAUUUAUUAACGAUAUGCACAAAAAUGAAAAUAACAAAUUUUAUCUAUUAAUUGCAUCUUUCUGUCCACGUAUUAUUAUGAGUAAUUACAUAAAGGCAGGUUUGCUGCUAAGUUUAUUAGGUGGAAAGACAAUUUAUGAUGAAUACAACCAAAUUAAAAGAAGAGGAAAUAUACAUAAUUUAUUAAUUGGUGAUCCUGGUUUAGGUAAAAGUAGAAUUUUACAGUAUAUUAGUAAUAUAAUUGAUAAAAGUUUAUUCAUAUGUAGCACAUCAACAAGUAUAAAUGGAUUAACUGCAUGUGCAGUUAAAGAUACCUCAAAUAAUGAAUAUUCACUAGAAGGAGGAGCAUUGGUUUUAUCAGAUAAAGGUGUCUGUUGCAUUGAUGAAUUAGACAAAAUUUCUUUAAAUGACCAACAAUCUUUUUUAGAAUGUAUGGAAAGUCAGUCUAUUAAUAUAACAAAAGCUGGUAUCGUAUGUAAUUUAAAAACUAGAUGUACUAUUAUUGCUGCAUCUAAUCCAAAAGAGGGAAAAUAUAACUACAAAAGAACUAUAUUUGAUAACAUAAAAAUUCCCUUUCCAUUAUUAAGUAGAUUUGAUUUAGUUUUUUUACUAGCUGAUCGAGUUUCUGAAGAAAAAGAUCAUCGUAUUUCCAAUUAUUUAAUUAAUACUAGUUAUAGAAACAAAAAUUCUGAUGAAGAAGAAGAUAAUAAUAUUGAUAAUGAUUCACUAAUAUUCUCUAUGAAAGAUUCCCUUCAUCAUAAAUGUAAACAAAUUAAUGAACAAAAUUACUUGCCAUUAGAACUUAUUGGAGUUUUUAUAAAAUAUAGUAGAAAAUACAUUUUCCCCACAUUAUCUAUAGAAGCAAAAAAAUAUAUCAGAAAGUUUUACUUACAUCUUAGAAAUUUAUCAAUAACUCACAACGAUAUAAGUAUUCCUAUUACUAUUAGACAACUAGAAUCACUAAUUAGAUUAUGUCAAGCAAGAGCUAGGGCCGAUUUAUCAAACACAGUCACAUUAAAUCAUGCUAAAGAGGUCGUAGAGAUAUAUCAGAAAACCAUUUUUUAUCCAUUGCAUAUAAAAACGUUGAACUUUAAAGAAAAAUCAACUAAAACUAGUAAAGGGAAAUCAGCUGCAUCCCUAUCAAAUGUGUUUAAAGAAAAUAUUAUACAAUUAGCUAAACAAAAAAACAAUAAAAUUUAUAAUAAGGAAUUACAUAAUUUAGCUAAAUCAAUAAUACUUUCAGCAGAUUCCAACAUAUCUGACGAAACAUUAAUUCAUUUUGGUAAUCCUUUAAUAUGCCUGUUUUUAAAUAUAUUUAAUUUUUUUUUUUUUUUUCCAUUUUACUCUUAUUUUUAA